AUGGAACCUUUUGAUUACAUUUACUCUCAGAGUCAAAGACGAGUGCCCUGCGACUUCAUCUUCGCACUGGGUCUCAAGUCUCUUAAUCGUACCGUCAAUAAUGAAUAUAAACGUCGCAAAUUUCCCCCUUUUGAAAUUCCAAAAUUGAAUUAUGACACAGUCUUCGUUUAUCGUGAAACACCUAUCAGACGUCUCGAUGAAUUAAUCAAACUCGUUCUCUCUACAACCGUCUACUCCGUGGAUACCGAAUCUGAAAUGGAUUUCAAACAAAAGACAUCACAUCCUGCACUUAUUCAAAUUGAAACGGUCUCUGCUGAACAUAAAUCAACCACUAUUCUAAUUGAAGUAGCAUACUUACCACCACCACGUUCACCGCUCUUUCAAGCGGCUGUGCUCUUUGAUAUUUAA